AUGGAUCCAAACGAGGGCCAGGAGCCCACGCUCCCCAGUGCCGAACAGAUGCGGGCACGGCGUCUGGCCAAGCUCGGCGGCGGUGCCUCGUCGUCCUCUGGCAACGGCGCAGCUUCGUCCUCGUCCACGUCCACGUCCACGUCCGUGCCCCAGGACGGUGCAGCCACCUCCACCUCUCCCAAACCGGCAGCGGCAGCCUCGCCAGCGUCACCAGCCUCGUCCGCCGCCGCCGCAUCGACGCCUACACCCGCCCCGGCCACAAGAAAGAUCACAAUCACACCGAAGCAAACCGCCGCAUCAAGUUCAUCAGGUAACGACCAAGACCAUGCUCGCUCUCGCAGCGCAGGCCGCGAGGCAUCCCCUUCCAAGCGCCCCCGGCUUGCCCUUGCCGCUAACACCCCUACGGGCGUGCCACAAAAACAGCAGGCCUCGGCCGCACACCCAAUCGCCAGCCCAAAACCCUCCACGCCGGCCGCGAACCCUGUGUCGGCCGCCGACGCCCUCGCCGAGUGGACCGACACCACCAUCUCGAACCUCCUCCACGUGACCGUCUCUCCGACCCAGACCAAGAACCGGCACGGCACACCGCUGACACUGCUCAACGACCUGCGGUCCGAGAUUCUCGACCGGGCGGGCGGCGAAGAGGCUGUGACGGCCAGUGGCAAGCCGCUGCGGUUGACGGCGGACGACAUUGACGCAGCGUUCCAAGAGGCAUGCUCGGCCUAUACGGACAAGAAGCCGCUGCUGGACUACCUGCUGCCCAUCUACAAGACCGUGACAAAGCAAAUCAAGACACGCAUCACGGUGCCGCAGCGGGUGGCCGUGCUGCAGGAGAUCAAGCGGCUGUGCAUGAGCAACAUUGUGUUUGCCCUGACUAUGCCAGAGCUCUUUGGUCGCGAACCAAAUCCGUCCCACGACACACUCAUGCCGAACCUCCUCCGCGGCAUGCGCUCCGACGACCCGCUCAGCCUGGACAUGGACUUCUUGACCGACAUUGUGGCGCGGUUCGACGAGGACGAGGACGGCAUACUGCAGGGCGUCUUCACCAAGUCCAUGAUCGACAUCAGCGCUAAGCUCGCGACGAUGACCAUGGACGACGAGUACCCCAGGUACAUCGAGGCCAUGAUGACGUACACGCGCUUCAAGCCGCUGCUGGUCGCCGUCGCCCAGCACCCGUACUUCCAGAUGGCCCAGUCGGCGCCCAACAUUGAGCGCUACACGAUCCUGGGGCCCUUCUUCCGCAUCUCGCCGCUGCAGCCCGAGGUGUCCAAGACGUACUUUGGCGGCUCGCACAAGACGGAGCCGACGCGCAAGGAGGCCGUGUACGGCGCGCUGCAGCUCACGCUGAACCAGCACCAGUCCGACCUGCACGCCAUUGCCAUGGCCUUUGCGCGCGCCGGCGACGGCCCGCGCAACAAGCUGCUCGACUGGUUCGCGUACGCGCUCAACGUCAACCACAAGCGGCGGGCGCUGCAGGUGAACGCCAAGGAGGUGGCCUCGGACGGGUUCAUGAUGAACGUGGGCGCGGUGCUCGACCGCAUGUGCGAGCCGUUUAUGGAGGCCAGCUUCUCGCGCAUGGAGCGCAUCGAGAUUGAGUACCUGCGGCGCCAGCCGCGCAUCGACAUCAGCGACGAGACCAAGCUCAACGCGGACCAAGCGCAGGCGGACGCCUUCUACGCGACGACGGCCGCGGGCGAGUCCAAGUUUGUCAGCGAGCUCUUCUUCCUCAACAUGGCGUCGCACCACUACGGCGGGGGCGCGGCGGGCCAGAAGUUCAAGGACAUGGACCGCGAGAUCAAGCACAUGGAGGAGCAGCUGGCGAUGCUCCAAGAGGAGAAGCGCAAGCUGGUGGCGGCGGGCGCGCCGGCCACGCACCGGUCCAUGGCGCUGGUGGAGCAGCACCUGCAGACGUACACGGCGGCGAUUGACCGGCACGUGGCGUACCGGUACUCGCUCGAGGCGGUGCUGCUGGACGAGAAGAUGCAGCAGCGGGCGCUCAUGUUCAUGCGGUACGUGUCGGUGUGGCUGCUGCGCGUGGCCAGCGGGUCCGACUACACGCCGGACAAGGAGCUGCAGAUCCCGCUGCCGGCGGCGCAGCCCGAGGCGUUCAGCUGCCUGCCCGAGUACGCGCUGCAGAACGUGGUGGACCACCUCAAGUUUCUGUUCCGGCGCGUGCCGCGCAUCCUGCCGUCGGCGGUGGGCGACGAGAUGGUGGCGCUGUGCAUCACGUUCCUGGAGUCGUCCGAGUACAUCCGCAACCCGUACCUCAAGUCGUCGCUGGUGUCGCUGCUGUUCUCGGGGACGUGGCGCAUGUACCACCUGGCCAACGGGGUGCUGGGCGACGCGCUGACGAACAGCGCGUUUGCCAACAAGCACCUGCUGCACGCGCUCAUGAAGUUUUACAUUGAGUGCGAGCAGACCGGGGCGCACACGGCGUUUUACGACAAGUUCAACAUCCGCUACGAGAUCUUCCAGGUGAUCAAGGCGGUGUGGCCCAACGACCUGUACAAGCGGCAGCUGACGCAGCAGAGCAAGACGAACCGGUCCUUUUUCGUGCAGUUUGUCAACCUGCUGCUCAACGACGCGACGUACGUGCUCGACGAGGCGCUGUCGCGGUUCCCCAAGAUCCACGAGCUGCAGCGGGAGCUGCAGAGCGCAAGUGCGGCGGGCCUGCGGCCGGACGAGCGGCAGCAAAAGGAGACGGAGCUGAAGCAGGCGGAGAACCAGGCGCAGUCGUACAUGCAGCUGGCCAACGAGACGGUGUCGAUGAUGAAGCUAUUUACGGAGGCGCUGAGCGAGGCGUUUACGAUGCCGGAGAUUGUGUCGCGGCUGGCGGGGAUGCUCGACUACAACCUGGUGACGCUGGCGGGGCCGGCGUCGCGCAAUCUCAAGGUGGAGAACCCGGAAAAGUACUUUUUCAAUCCCAAGGUUCUGCUGCCGCAGAUUGUCGAGCUGUACCUCAACCUCGGCGACAAGGCCAGCUUUGUGGAGGCCGUGGCCGACGACGGCCGGUCGUACAAGCCGGCCAUCUUUGAGAGCGCGACGCGCAUCCUGACCAACAAGGGCCUCAUGGACCCGGCGAAGCUGGCCGCGUGGGACGCGCUGCGGGCCAAGUUCGCCACGGCCAAGGCGCUGCUUGACCAGGCCGAGACGGACCUGGGCGAGAUCCCGGCCGAGUUUGAGGACCCGAUUAUGGGCGACCUCAUGAAGGACCCGGUCGUCCUGCCGUCGCGGCACAUUGUCGACCGGUCGACGAUUGUGCAGCACCUGCUGUCGGACCCCAAGGACCCGUUUACGCGGCAGCCGAUGACGGCCGACGACGUGGUGCCGGCGACGGAGCUCAAGGAGAAGAUUGACGCGUGGAAGGCAGACCGCGUCGCGGCGGCGCUGGCCAAGAACAAGGAGAGCGGCGGCGCGUCGACGGUGACGGAAGCGAUUGCCUCGGCUACGAAUACGGGGACGGCGUCCACGGCGGCCGUGCCGUCCGGACGCGAGGACGACGGCGACGCCAUGGACACGACCGAGUAA